CCACCUUUCCCUCCUCUGCCUUCUCCUCCUCCUCUGCAGUUUGAUGCUGAGUUCCGUCGCUUUGCCAUGAAGCGCUCCAGCGCCGGCACCUUCCAGGACUUUUACAGCCUACUGCAGAGCGUGCAUCAAAUCCCCCGUGUGGAUGUGCUGCUGGGCUACACGGACGUGCAUGGCGACCUGCUGCCCAUCAACAACGACGACAACUACCACAAGGCCCUGUCCUCCGCCAACCCCCUGCUCAGGAUCAUCAUCCAGAAAAAGGCAGAAUCGGACGCCGGCGUCUUCGCCUCCAACUCAUUGCAGAGGAAGAAGAAGGGACUGCUGCGCCCAGCGCACUACCGGGCCAAACCUCACCUCCUCAUCGGCAUGCCCCAGGACUUCCGCCAGAUCUCCUCCAUCAUUGACGUGGACAUCCUGCCCGAGACGCACCGCCGCGUGCGGCUGCACAAGCACGGCUCCGACAAGCCGCUGGGCUUCUACAUCCGCGACGGCGUCAGCGUGCGCGUGGCCCCGCAGGGCGUCGAGAAAGUGCCCGGCAUCUUCAUCUCCCGCCUGGUGAAAGGCGGCCUGGCGGAGAGCACGGGGCUGCUGGCGGUGAGCGACGAGAUCCUGGAGGUCAACGGCAUCGACGUGGCCGGCAAGUCUCUGGACCAGGUGACGGACAUGAUGGUGGCCAACAGCCACAACCUCAUCAUCACCGUCAAGCCGGCCAACCAGCGCAACAACGUCAUCCGUAGCAGCAAAGCCUCGGGCAGCUCGGGGGUGUCCACGGACAGCACCCCAAGCCAGCAGACCCCCAGCCCGGCCUCACAGUACCUCAGCAACUACAGCACAGCCGAGAGCGACGAGGAGGGCGACCUGGUCAUCGAGAGCGACGGCGCGCCCCACUACGGCCCCGUGGGCUGCCCCAAUGGGGGCCCUGCUGACGGACCCCUCCCGCCCAGCCUGUCCCCGCACAGCUCGCAGGGCUCCCUGCAGUCCCUGGGCAGCCACGACGGCAGCCCCGGCCGGGGCAGCGUGCGGGAGGACGGCACCCUGCUCACCCUAUAGCCGGACUGCUUGUGGGCACCGGGGCAAUGGGGCCGAGCGGGGCUGCCUCUGCCCUGUCCUCGCCCUGGGGUCUGCUCCUGCCAGGCAUCUGAGCCCCUCACCUCCCUUCUUCCACCCACGUGGGUUUUUUAAUUAUUUUAUCAAAACGUGCAUCAUCAAGUAAUAUAUUGCAAUGGACAGUAAAACCUUUUCUAGAAAACGCCCCGUUUUUGUCCAUCGUUCGCGUCGCUGCAGGGGCCAGCAGUCUGUCUCCAUUCAGGACAGCAAAUGGGUUUGGUGCUGUGGGAUGGGACAAGUGUGUCCCUAACAGUUCUGCACACUUGGCUUUGCUGCUUCCCAGGUGGACCCAGCAAGGCUAAUUGCAGAGUUAUCCUCCAAUACGUGCUCAGGCUGCUUUGGGCACAGCAAGCGCCUGUGCCCAGGGCAAACGUGGGGUCCUGAUGUGGGUGCUGCUGUGUGGUGACAUCUGUCUUACAGGAGUAGGAGGACCCACAGCUCUCCAGAACUGCAGGGCUGAGCCGGGCCCCAGACAGGCAGGAGAGAGAUGCA